AUGGCAGGAGGAGCAGCAGUCAACCGCGGUCCGCACACGGGCAGCGGCAGCGAGGCGGCCGUCUCGGACCUCUCGGGUCCGCAGAGGAAGAGCCUGCUCAGCAACCUCGACUUUGGCGAGCUGGUCCGACUCAACCUGCCGCCCGCGACUGGCGUGGACGAGUACGCCCUGUUUGACAAGGACGACGCGCUGGCCGUCCACGGCUCGCAGCCCUCGUUCACUCGCUCCUUUGACCCGGACGUCGUGCGCAAGCUCAUCGACCUCUUCACCGCCCUCAACGCGCCCGCCGUCUCGACGGCCGACGCCGGCCUCGACAGCAUCACCAUCAACGACACCAAGUACACCGUCAGCGGCCCGCGCGGCGGCCAGCACCCGCUCGAACUCGCCACCCUCCACUCGGACAAGCACGUCUUCUUCGUCACCAACACCGCAACCCUCCUCGUCAUCGUACAGGCCGCCCCCGGCGCAGACGUAAAGCAGAAGACAAACGAAAAGGAAGGCCUCUGGGCCGCCGUCAGGAGCUUCACCUUUGCCCUCACCGAAAAGGGCCUCUGA